CGGCGCUUAUAGCCAAGGCAGACGAGGUUGGGGGAACGUCAAGCUGCAGGAGACAGGCGGCGCUCGACCUCUUUACUCCUCACCCACACGCCCACGAUGGCUGACGCGGAGCAGAAAGCAAUGCAGCUGAUGGCGGAGGCGGAGAAGAAGCUGACCCACUCCAAAGGCUUCCUCGGAUCGCUUUUCGGGGGCCCGUCGAGAGUGGAUGAAGCGAUGGACCUCUACCAGCAAGCCGCCAAUAAGUUUAAGAUGGCGAAGAAGUGGAGCAGCGCAGGUCAUGCGUUCACGGAGCUGGCUUCUCUGUACGCCAAGGGUGGAUCACGGCUGGACGCUGCUACAAAUUACGUGGAGGCUGGCAACUGUUACAAGAAGACAGAUCCCAAUGAGUCUGUGAACUGCUUGCUGAAGGCUAUUGAGAUCUACACUGACAUGGGAAAGUUCGUCAUGGCUGCAAAACACCACCAGGCCAUCGCAGAAAUAUAUGAAACUGAGGUUACUGACAUUGAGAAAGCGAUUCAGCACUUUGAGCAAGCAUCUGACUAUUUCCGUGGAGAGGAGAACAACUCUUCGUCCAACAAGUGUCUCCUGAAGGUGGCCAUGUACGCAGCUCAGAUGGAAAAUUACGAAAAGGCAAUACAGAUCUAUGAACAGGUCGCUACCAGUUCCUUGGAGAGCUCAUUGCUGAAGUACAGUGCCAAGGAGUACAUGUUUCGGGCCACUCUCUGUCACCUCUGUGUGGACCUGACCAACGCAAAGAUCGCGGUUGAAAAGUACGAAGAGAUGUAUCCUGCUUUCCAAGACUCCCGGGAGUGUAAAUUAUUAAAGGCCCUCACAACACACCUGGAAGAUCAGAACGUGGACGCAUUCACAGACACCGUCAAGGACUACGACUCCAUCUCCCGGCUGGACCAGUGGUACACUACCAUGCUCCUGCGAAUCAAGAAGAGUAUCAACGCUGAAGACAUUUGUUAAAGGUGUCUGAAGGAGGGCGUAGAGAGAGGAUUUACCAGCAAAGACAAGGAAGCAAUAACAACUGUCCCACUGCGGAUAGAGGAAGGCUUAGAUUAAUUAACUAUUUGAGAACUUGGUGUCUGUGUAGCUAGUUUGGCUGCUAAUGUGAACUUAAUGAAGGCGUAUACCACUGCAGAUUUCAUCCUCAGUUUCGUUGUUGCUAAGCCUUUUGUGGAAUAACUUACCCCUAUCCUGAGGAAGCCUAACAUUAGCAAGUUCAAAAGGAGGUAGAUUUAGGUGGUGGGCAGGUCCUUGGAGGUGUUGGAGUUUAGAAUCAUCAAGUAAGUAUAUAUAAACCAUCAUAAUUCAAUAAGUUUUCCUAUGUUGUGGACAGAUAGCAUUGCAAAGGUUAUUUCAGCUUCACAGUGAAACAAAGGAAAUGGAUUUAGGAGGUGGACAGGUCCUUGGAGGUGUAAGUUUAGGGUCACCAAGUAUUUAUAAACCAUCAUGAUUCAAUAAGUUCUCCUAUGUUGUGGACAGAUAGCAUUGCAAAGGUUAUUUCGGCUUCACACUGAGACUGAAAGGAAGUGGAUUGAGGAGGUGGACAGUCCUUGGAGGUGUAAGUUUAGGGUCACCAAGUAUUUAUAAACCAUGAUUCAAUAAGUUCUCCUAUGUUGUGGACAGAUAGCAUUGCAAAGGUUAUUUCAGCUUCACACCGAAACCUUGUUCUCUUGCAUGAAGUGAUUUUUUAUUAUGGAACGGAAAAAAGUCCACAAAUUGCAGAAAUGGAGUUGAAAAAUAUGGAUUGCUUGUGAUGUAUUAUAAGUUUUAUGUGUGUUUAUGUUGAUCAUUCAUAAUAGGAUCGUAUAUGAAUUAUUGGUACAAUGAGCCAUGUCGUGUUGAGGGAAAAAAAUACAUAUAUGCUUCAUACUUCCAAUAAUCUUAAUUUAUGACGAGAAAUUGGCAUAAUGCAGAAUACUGAUAUAUCACUGCUUCUACGAUUUCAUGUAUAUGUUUUUAUGUCUGGUUUUAAAAGACAUUCUGGGUUCUCACAUAAGGUAUUUCUAAAGGUCAGUGAGGGGGUCAGUUCGGUUCUAAUGAGCGUUUCCUUAGGUUCACGGUACAGAAGAAGGGUCAGACUACCACCAGGGUCAUAAAAGUACUCCUAGAAAUGCCCACAACUCCCAUGAAAGCCUUGGCAAAUAUGUGUUUCUAGGUUCACGGUACAGAAGAAGGGUCAGACUACCACCAGGGUCAUAAAAGUACUCCUAGAAAUGCCCACAACUCCCACGAAAGCCUUGGCAAAUAUGUGUUUCUAGGUUCACGAUACAGAGGAAGGGUCAGACUACCACCAGGGUCAUAAAACUACUCCUAGAAAUGCCCACAACUCCUAUGAAAGCCUUGUCAAAUAUGUGUUCUUGGGCAGCAAAAUGUCUCAAAAUACAAUCUUAUCUCAAAGUUGAUCCUAAUUGUGAUGUCCUUCAUUGCUAGGUACAUCUGUCUAUAUUAACUACAUACACCAGGGAAUGAAGAUGUGGGUUCUACUUAUAUGUACUAAUAUCUCAUUUAAUGUUUUGUUACGAUUGGCUCACAAGCAAAGGUAUUAAGGAGAGUAGUGUUUGCCCCAUCUGUGACACAUUCUCAAAAAAAAUAAUAAAUGAAAUUAAAGAGAAGCUUCAUACUGCUCACAGGGGCUUCGUGGUGCAGUGGUUAGCACACUCAGCUCACAACCGAGAGAGCCCGGGUUCAAUUCCUGGGUGGAGUUGAAAAAUUUGGGCGGCUUUUCCGAUACCCUACGCCCCUGUCCACCCAGGUAUUAAUCGGGGGUUGUGUCCCGUCUCCUGGAAUCUGCUCCCUUCUCCUAUGAUUCCUUCCCCUUCUGUCUCUCUCCGGCAUAUGACCACAGAUGUUGCGCCCACUAAACCAAACUUUCCAACUGUUCCCUUCUCCUAUAAUUCCUUCCCCUUCUGUCUCUCUCCGGCACAUGACUAUAGAUGUUGCGCCCACUAAACCAAACUUUCCAACUGUUCCCUUCUCCUAUAAUUCCUUCCCCUUCUGUCUCUCUCCGGCAUAUGACCACAGAUGUUGCGCCGACUAAACCAAACUUUCCAACUGUUCCCUUCUCCUAUAAUUCCUUCCCCUUCUGUCUCUCUCCGGCAUAUGACCACAGAUGUUGCGCCGACUAAACCAAACUUUCCAACUGUUCCCUUCUCCUAUAAUUCCUUCCCCUUCUGUCUCUCUCCAGCACAUGACCACAGAUGUUACGCCCACUAAACCAAACUUUCCAACUGUUCCCUUCUUCUAUAAUUCCUUCCCCUUCUGUCUCUCUCCGGCACAUGACUAUAGAUGUUACGCCAACUAAACCAAACUCUCCAACUUUGAUGCUGGUCACCUUGUCCAAGAAAUAACUGGGUAAAAACUUGUACAAUAAACAUAUAUCAAAGCCAUUUACAUGUCUUAGAACUUUGGUAUUGUAGAGGCUGUUUCAAUACUCUCAUUAAAUGUUUUCUUUCAUGGGCGAUGUGUAAGGUAGAUUGGACCCCUGAUAAGACCUUCCUUCUUGCAACAUCAACGAUCAUUAUAUGGAGUUCAUACGAAUGCCAAAUGUUUACAUAAUCUUGUGGUUCAUCAUAUACCCGAUAGAAACGGAUUCAAAAGAUGACCAUGGUUGUUAUUCCUGAAAUGUCACUACAAAUUACGUGUGAUGUCUCUGAACACACUUGGCUUGGACAUUUAAUAAGUACACCAGGUUCUUGCUAUAUGUGAGGAUUACGUUCGGCAAAAAGCUUGCAUAUAUCGAACCUAUCAUCCCAUUAAUUAUAGGGGGUUAAGUUCCACGACCCGUUUCGGAACCCUUAAACUAUUCAUUCUGGCACCGUUUCACAAUAAUAAAACACUAAAGAUUGCUUCCGGGGACACACACCUAAAGUCUAUGAUUUAAGCUGAUCAUUAGCUACCUGAGGAUUAAGGAAGAGGUUAAUUAUAGGUGAGGAAAGUACGGGGAAACAUUUGCACCUAGUGGCCAAACCUCACCAGCCGAUAAUCUCAUAAUACCAAAUUUUUCUCGCAUAAAACGAAAACUUUGUACAUUUCGGUUAAUCGCGUAUGAGGGAAUUCGCAUAUUUAGAACCCACAUAUAUCGAAUACCUGGUGAACUAUUUGCCGAUGAGACCAGUAGGAUUCCUUAGAGGGGAGCGCAGAGCUAAAUCAAGGACCCCAUUGCCUGGUAUGGGAGAGGGCCAGCGUGCUUUUGGAUGAGAGCCUUUUAUACCCUCGCAUGUGAUCCUUGAGCAUUUGGAUUGAAAAUGUAUCAAAAUGUUCAUCCAGACUAGUAAAACUUGCAUCUAAUAUUUCUGUGGCCUAAUCAGUAUAACAGCAUUCUACAUUAUGCCCAUUUUUUGAGUUUUGAAUUAGGAAAUGUAAAUGUUUGUGGCAUCUGUGGGGGGCUUCGUGGUGCAGUGGUUAGCACACUCAGCUCACAACCAAGAGAGCCCGGGUUCGAUUCCCGGGCGGAGUGGAAAAAUUUGGGCGGGUUUUCCGAUACCCUACGCCCCUGUCCACCCAGCAGUGUACCAGGUAUUAAUCGGGGGUUGUGUCCCGUCUCCUGGGGUCUGUUCCCUUCUCCUAUAAUUCCUUCCCCUUCUGUCUCUCUCUCCGGCAUAUGACCACAGAUGUUGCGCCGACUAAACCAAACUUUCCAACUGUUCCCUUCUCCUAUAACUCCUUCCCCUUCUGUCUCUCUCCGGCAUAUGACCACAGAUGUUGCGCCAACUAAACCAAACUUUCCAACUGUUCCCUUCUCCUAUAAUUCCUUCCCCUUCUGUCUCUCUCCGGCAUAUGACCACAGGUGUUGCGCCCACUAAACCAAACUUUCCAACUGUUCCCUUCUCCUAUAAUUCCUUCCCCUUCUGUCUCUCUCCGGCAUAUGACCACAGGUGUUGCGCCGACUAAACCAGACUUUCCAACUGUUCCCUUCUCCUAUAAUUCCUUCCCCUUCUGUCUCUCUCCGGCACAUGACCACAGAUGUUGCGCCCACUAAACCAAACUUUUGUGGUAUUCUGAACUUUGGCACAACAUCUGUUCACUGUGAUCAAGAAAGGUGAAGUAUGUAUCUCAAGCAGUGGUUUAGUCGUGUAGUAAAGAUUGAUUUUAAGCUAGAUAUCAUCGUUUUGUAAUUAUAAUGAUUUAUAUUCUAGUAUGAACAUAAAUGAACUACAGAUGUCCCUCAAAUAGUAUGGUUUCCGAUAGUUAGGAUUCUGUUUUAUAUGGAUUUUCAUAGAUCUUUCAGGAUUUAGGGAAAUUUAAAAAUCCGAAAAAAAUCUUAGAAAAUCCACAUAAAACCAAACUAUUGUAAACUGUACUAUUUGAGGGGCGAGUGUUUGUUAAUGAGUAAUCUUAAAGUUUUAUCAGAGUGAGCAGCCCACCUUUUGUAUAAUAAAAUCUCUUAACAGUACUUUCCAUGCCAUAUUUUCAGGAUAAGAGAGAACACAUCAGUUAUUGUUAAAUUGUUAAGGCUAGGUGUUAGUAGAGAGGUUUCUUUUCAAAGUGGGGAUAUAUUUGUUCAACGCCGGGAAGCCCAUUGUGUCCGUAUGUGGGUAGCCAGGGAGACUGUUGAGUUGUGUACCUUCCUGACUGGUGAUAGAUUCCCAAACUGAUUACUGGAACCAUGUGUUUUUUUCUUUAGAAGUGAUAUUAUUUAUACGAGCGUUAUGUAUUGUUAUGUAAUUCUUUAUAAACUACGCAUUUCAAUUUCAAAUGCACUUCACUCUCAAGCAAAUUAGAUGUACUAUACCCAGAAAGGAGCAAGACGUAAUUGUUUGUUUAAUGCUCAAAUUGUUGUAGUGUUUACGUUAAUGGUUUGGUCUGUAGCCGUGGGAAAUGUGGCUGUUUUUGGGAUGUACGGGCAGACGGUGACAAGGAAGACCAGCUGUGGAACUACAUUAGUACACCUCAGUAUAGCUGGUUACCGGUUAAAAAAUAUAUAUAUCAUUUCACAGCAUUGCAUACAUGUGUAUAUUUUGUAAGCCAAGACUCCCUAUUCCAGUACUCCUUAGAUAGCCAUCCACACAGUUCAUGCUCCAUAAAAACCAUGUUGAACUUGGAUUCAGACAUUAUUUGAUUUCUUCUUUUAGAGUUUGCCAAGUGAGUUGUUUGUCCAGAAUAAUAAACUGACGUGUUGCCAUCGUGUUGGAGUGUUUGCGACGGCGGUCACCUUAGGCAAGAAGCAUGUCUAACGUGUCAAACUUUUACAUAUAUAUAUAUAUAUAUAUAUAUAUAUAUAUAUAUAUAUAUAUAUAUAUAUAUAUAUAUAUAUAUAUAUAUAUAUAUAUAUUGAUCAUAAAUGUAAAAUUGUGUUGUGCGCAGAUUGGUUUGUCAGUGUCCGGGGCGUGAAGGUUGUGGCAGGCUGAGGCGUCCCUGGCCGCCAACACUCACCUGCUCCUGUUAUGUCCGUGACUUCCCUGAAGGUCACCUGAACUACUCCUUACUGAACACUUUAAAUCAUUCCAAUUUUAUUUGUUUAAAUGUGCUAAUUAGGAAGUUACAUGACAUGGCAGGUCAAAUAUAUAUAUAUAUAUAUAUAUAUAUAUAUAUAUAUAUAUAUAUAUAUAUAUAUAUAUAUAUAUAUAUAUAUAUAUAUAUAUAUAUAUAUAUAUAUAUAUAUAUAUAUAUAUAUAUAUUGCAACAACAAAAUUUUUGAUCCUCUACUGUAAUGAAAUUUCUUAUCGUCUGAAGUGUUGUGUGUCAAGCAGUGUUGCAGGGUGUUGUUUUCUCUUGGUCUCAGGCUUGGCAGCAACCUUCCUGAACCCACAGCACAAUAUGCACUUCCAAAUCUGCCUCCCAUACCUUCCAUGGCUGCUCCUUGCCUCCCUGAUACCUUAACAAAUCAUCUCAGAUUUAUGACCAUAAAGGUUAAACAAAUCACAGCUCUCCUCACUGGAGCUCCACCUCCCCCCUUGCAAAAUUUUCCAAUUUGUGCCAGACCCCAAAGAAAGGUUUUCCCAGCACUGAUCACUCGCUGAUGAAGGCUGUGACCAGGAAUCCAUGCUGGGCACCUUGCUCAUGCAAUGUAUCCUGAGCUGCUGAGAGAUCAUAAUGUAUGGUGAUCACUCUCUCAAUGACCUGAAAGCCCCAAACUGCACCGCAGCGCUCCAGACCCUGCCGGCCCGCAAGACAAGGAGGAAGAGACUUGAUACCGCCGGGCAGCGUGGGCACUGGCUGGAUGUCAUGAGGUGAGGUGAAAGUACACUUCAGGCACUACCAUCCCACUGAGGCCGGGCCAGGCGGCCAUCUGGGCGCUGCGGGCACGGCCUCUGCUGCUGUGAUGGCCAGUGAGGCUCAGCCAGCACAGGAGUAGCCAGCAAGCCUCUGAGUUGCCAGAAAUAUAGAAAAUAACUUCCCUACAAGAUAUAGAGCUUGCCACGCAACAAUCACUGGACACCAUUAAAUUCAAGCCCCAUAGUAGAGUGUGGCCUUUUGUCGUAGUGAAUAUAUAUAUAUAUAUAUAUAUAUAUAUAUAUAUAUAUAUAUAUAUAUAUAUAUAUAUAUAUAUAUAUAUAUAUAUAUAUAUAUAUAUAUAUAUAUAUAUAUAUAUAUAUAUAUAUAUAUAUAUCCUUCUCUUAACUUUUUUCUUUCAUAAUUUGAUGUAAUAUGCAUGCAUGUUACAUAGAAAACUUUAUUAAAUUGUAUGCACAUUUUUCUCUUAUUUUGAAAUCCCUUCUUGAAAAAUAUACACACUCGGGAGAAUGUUCACAAAUGAUAAAGUUUGGUACAUUUUCUCAUGAGGUAACAGAAUGAGUGUGCACAAGAAAACCCUAAUAAGCUGGCAUUCUAGAACCCAGAAUUUGACAUUACUCAGUAAGGCAAAGAAAUAUUGCUACAAGAUCAUUUCUGAAAUCCAACAAAUAGAAAAAUAUUGCAAACAAAAUUAUACAUCUCCGCAUUUUGCUAAUCUGUGACCUCCUACAGCGCUCUUUGUUCAGAAUGUCCAGCCACGCCAACCCAGGAAUUAAAAUCACGGUAAGUCUUGAAGGUUUACCAUAAAAUACCUCAAAAAACUGCCCAAUCUUGUUCAUAAAGCCUCUCUCCAGGCCUCAGCAACAUGGCCUGUAAAUCACCACGAGUCUUGGGGAGAUAAGUACGGUAGGCGGUGGCUGAGUGGUAGCGUGCUGGGCCCACAUUCACCGCGUGGUGGACGACGCGGGUUCGAAUCCCCACGCUACCACCUGGGGGUUUUCAGUCACCGCCGAGUGGCUUAAAACUACCCACAUGCUGUCCUGAAGACCACCCAUCAACCCGGACUCUAGCGGAAACCGUCCAAGUGAAUCAAGGAGGAGUUCCGGGGGGCAGCAUGAGCCAGGAGAAGAUGGCGCCACUAUAAACACUUGCCUGCGCCAUGACGGGCUGGGGCCAACUACCAUCCAGGCCCCUCAAGCAAGCCUACUGGCACUAUAGGCCUAGACGUAAAAAAAGUUAAAUGAAAAAGCCAUUACUGUUUGGUGCGCUGUUCCGGCAUCCAAGAAGCAAAUUUUUCUAUGGUGUAUUUGGGAUGAAUCAAAUAUACCAGCCUCUUGUAGACUCCUGCGUUCUUAUGUUCUUAUGAGGCUGGAAAAAUAGGUGGGAGUAUUGGUAUAUAUAUAAUUAUAUGUAUGCACACUAACAUAGGGGGAUUACAAACUGGAGUUGUAGAAUGUCAGAAAUAUAUAUACACAGUUAUAGAUGUCAGUAUUGCUCUAGUUCAAAACAUAUUGUCUAGGAUUUACUUCAUACCAUUUAGAGUCUUCGCUAUGGGAUAUUGCAUAAUGGUCAUCAACAGGAACCUUAGGACAACACAUAGGAGGCAGGAAAAUUGAAUUGUAGUUUAAAUUUCGCAGUUUCCAAAUUACAAAGAACCAGCUGUCUUGUCCACCAGCAUCCACCUCCUCCACUUCAUUCCUUGUGGUUCCCUUGCCUUCCUUACCACUCAGAUUCAUUUCAGCUCUCCGUCUGUUCCUCAGUGUAGCACAGCGACUAUGCCUGAUGAGCGAGCCUCCCAUAACCCACUUAGCCAGGGGGAUAGCUCUCUGGCAGACACGGUAAGGAGGGGCUCUCUCGUCACACAGGUCGUGGGUUCAAUCCCAGACAGCCGGGGAAUACCCUCUCCUUGUUGUGACUAAAUUCUCAUGUGUUUUGAUACAUGUGCAGGACUUGUGGGACCGAGAAAACAGAAAAUCUCUUCAUUAAAACUACACUCCACAAUCCCAGGCAGCCAGGGGAAUACACUCUCCUUGUUGUGAUUAAAUUCUCGUGUGUUUUGAUACAUGUACAGGACUUGUGGGACCGAGAAAACAGAAAAUCUCUUCAUUAAAACAACACUCCACAAUCCCAGGCAGCCAGGGGAAUACACUCUCCUUGUUGUGAUUAAAUUCUCGUGUGUUUUGAUACAUGUACAGGACUUGUGGGACCGAGACAACAGAAAAUCUCUUCAUUAAAA